AUCCCACUCCCGCGCACCAGCCUAGGCCAUCUUUCAGCGUGGGAGGUCCAUUAGAGUUGAAACAGUGGCGGCGUUCACGUGCAACGACGAGGCUCUGGGGCGGAUAACGGAAUGCACGCCAAUGUGCACGCGGACCGGAACGAGUGGCGACUGCCGCCCGACGAUACUCUCCAGGUCGGCGAAUCGAAGACCAAAAAGUCCGAGGUAGGUGACGAAGAGGAGCUAGCACUGCAAGAAGACGAAGGACACAAUUGGUGGUCAAUAAUAUUUUCAUUAUUAGUGAUUGGUUUAGUCAUAUCUGGAAUCAUAGCGGCCAUUUUGAUAGUCGGUUACGUGGAUGAGCUGCUUUAUUGGACGGGUUCAAGAAUGCAGCUGGAGGAGCUUUUGGAGGGUGACCUAACACCGAGAAGAUUGCCUUCAUCGUGGAUUUCUUCAACACACUUCGUUUUUCAAGCUGAUGACGGAAGCCUUUCUAUUCUCGACACUAGUAAAAAUUUCAGCAUUUCAGUUUUAGUAACCAAUAAUACUCUGAGACAACUGAAUGUCAAAGGCUACCAGGUUUCGAAAGACCUUCGCUAUGUGCUCUUCCAACAUAACCUCAAAUCAUGGAUUUACUCCAGAGAAGAACCAAAGGGAAAUACUUCAUGGGAUCACUUGGGGAAGAAUCAGGAAAGAAUAAUUAGGAUUGGCGGCAGUAACUUGAAUGGGGAAAACGUAUUCAGGCAAUCCCAUACAGCCCACUAUACUAUCUAUGACGUCAGCAAAGAUCACCACAUUCCAGUUCGAUUGGAAUCGUCCCCAAAGGCUCAGCCGGAGCGCCUUCAAUAUGUCACUUGGUUGGGUGAUACGACGUCACUAUUGAUUGUAUUCAACAAUGACAUCUAUCAUCGUACUUCGCCUACUGAAGAAACCGACACAAGAAUUACCUUCACUGGUCAACCAGACGUAGUUUACAAUGGAAUUCCUGACUGGUUAUACCAAGAGGAUAUACUCCAGCGACCUGAAGCCUUGUGGAGUUCCUACGAUGGAUCUCACCUCCUCUUCGCCACGUUUAAUGACAGCCAAGUAGGGACGAUGAACUUUCCUUGGUUCCAAACCGGAUCCGUUUUAGGAUCCUCCGGGAUCUCACAUCGAGCCCCUUCCUUUCCUGCUUCUAGGACUGUACGAUAUCCAACCCCUGGAACUACGAUUCCCUUGGUCCGUCUGUGGGUUGUGGAUAUUUCAAACCUAACCUCAUUAGAGUAUCACCCUGUCGUACCACCGAAAGCCUUAAUAGGACAAGACUACUAUUUAACGUCAGCCGGCUGGAUCGGACAGAAGAACACUCAAGUGUCGGUCGUGUGGAUUAACCGAGCACAAAACCUGAGUAUCGUCUCGGCUUGUCUCGCCCCCAACUGGACUUGCAUUGAGACCCACGCAGAGCGGGCCCAUGAGAAGGCAUGGCUCGAGAUCCAGGAGCAUCCGAUGUUCUCUCCGGACGGCGACAGUUUUCUGAUGCUGGCUCCGGUCCAGGAGGGAAGCAGAGAGACGUACACCCACAUCAAACAUGUCACCGUUACGCAGCAGCAUAUGGCCGUCCUCAGCCACGGCAGGCACGAGGUCAACAGGAUCCUGGCCUGGGACACUGUCAGCCAUCGCAUUUAUUACUUGGCGACGGAAGAAAACAAACCCGGUCAGCGACAUUUAUAUGUGGUACGUGACCCCAGUACGGAUGACCCCCGUCGAGUCGAGUCUUCCUGUAUCACGUGCGACCUGGGGGACGUGCUCUGGAGUAGCAGAUAUUUAUACGGAAACUGCACCCACUUCAGUGCUCAGGUCAGUCCUCGCCUGGAGCACUCGAACUCCUCAUUCUACGUCCUUCACUGCGAAGGACCAGGGCUUCCAUUGGCGUCGCUGCACAACGCGGAGUCGCACAAAUUCGUCAAAAUCCUCUACGACACGAGGCCGAGCAGGUGGCCUCUUCUGGAAAGGUUGGCCAUGCCCAAGAAGAAGUCUUUCGAGGUGCCUUUACCCCAGGGGAGUAGGGCCCAAGUGCAGCUACUCCUGCCGCCCUCUUGGAGGGAGGAACUACGAGAUGCGGCCUAUCCUGUCCUAGUUGAAGUUAAUGGCAGGCCAGGCAGUAAAUCAGUUACAGAAGAGUUCAAGGUUGAUUGGGGGACCUACAUGUCAAGUCAUUGCGACGUAGUUUACGUUAAACUUGACGUCCGAGGUGCCAAGGGUCAAACUGAUCGCUCGCUCUACCACCAACUUGGUGGUGUUGAAGUACAAGAUCAGGUGACCGUGUUGGAGUACCUUUUAGAUAAACAUAAAUAUCUCGACAAAACUCGUGUCGGACUUUGGGGUUGGGGAUAUGGUGGGUAUGUGACCUCUAUGGUACUAGGAUUAGGAAACCAACAAAAAGUGUUCAAGUGUGGAGUAGCAGUUAGUCCGAUAUCUGACUGGUUAUAUUACAAUGCCGCAUUCACGGAGAGAAUUUUAGGCCUACCCACGGAAAACUACAAAGGCUACGUGGAAGCUGAUGCUACGCAACGAGCGCGAAACGUACCAAAGAAGUCUUUUUUCCUCAUCCACGGUCUGGCCGACCUUACGGCCCCCUAUCAGCAUGGGGUAUCCCUAGCUAGCGCCUUAACCCGGGCAAGGGUUCUUUUUAGAUAUCAGUGUUAUGCCGAUGAAGGGCAUCAACUAGAAGGCGUAAUAGAACACGUUUAUAGUUCGAUGCAACAUUUUUUUGAAGAGUGCCUUAACCUCGACACCGACGAGAAAGUGAAAGAGAGAGAGGAGAAGAAAGAGGAAGCCAAGAAGUAAUCACCUGGGGUGAUACUGUACGAAGAACGGUCUGUUGGACUGAGCUAUGGACGUCCACGUGGCGGAAGCCUAGAAGAAAUCUUGAUAAUGUAGAGUAGGACCGCUUCCUGGACUGAUCUCUGGGCAGUGAGGUGGCUACACGGCUGACAGUACAUCUUCCCGGAUGGCAAAUACAAUCAAUAAUCUUGUUUAUAUCAAAUUAGCGCAUGAUAGUGUGUUGUAUCUAGUACAUCAGAUAAGAGAGACUAAUUGUUUA